AUGUGGCCUAUAAGUGAAUGUCCAAUUAAAAUAACCCCUCCUCUACACCAUAAUCAUCCUGGAAGGCCCAAUAAAAAGAGGAAACAAUCCGUUGAAGAGAAAAACCAGAAGAAGGGAAACAAUGGUGCUAGUGUGAGUGGGAGUCAAAGUCAUAUUGCUAGUGGGAGUGGAAAGCUUACAAGAAAUUUUAUCAAAGUAACUUGUAGCAAGUGUAAAAAUAAAGGGCACGAUGCUAAAACUUGCAGGGGCCAAGGAGAAAGAAAAGAGAAAAUCCCACCGUCGCCACCUGACCUCGGAUGGUACGCCAUAGGAUCUUUGAAGGAGCACGAAAGUGAAUGGGACCUUGAGACAGCUUGGUAUUCAUACGCUUACGGAGAGGUAGAUCUCUUCAAUGUGCACAGUGGCGAGCGUCCACCACUACCUACUUUACGCAAAUACCUGAUCAACGUCACCUGCGAAGCUUCCGCCUAUGUUGUCGGAGUAGCCAGAUGGAAGAGAAGGCUGGGAGCUUGUACGUUUGUGGAUGCCCAGACUGGAAAAUCGCUUUCCAUGGAAAACGUGAAGAAGUCUCUGGCUGUUUGGGCUAAAGAGGCACUUCCUUACACUGUUUUCCAGCCACAAGCACUGGAACUUUGUGCAAGAAAAGUUGCAGCUUCAUCAGGAGAUAUGAGGAAAGCUCUUGGUAUCUGCAGAGGUGCAAUUGAGAGGCUGGAAGCAGAGCUUAGAGAAUCUAUUUCUACUUCAAAUCUAUUCUCCAUGGAAGAACUUGAGGGUGGUGUUAAGACUUUAUCGCAGAAACUAUCAGCAGCUCUUCUAAAUAUCAAUAGCAAGGAAGACUUGGUCAAACAUCAUUCAAAAGUAGCAGAGGAAGCAGUUGAAGGUAUCUAA